AUGGCGGCGCUGCCUGUCCUCGUGGCGCUUCUCUCUCUUGUCUCUCUGUCGCAAUCAGCGCCGUGCCUCCUCCCCCAAGUGACGAUCAACGUAACGCGCGAGUCCCACCUCUACCUUCGAAAGAACUACCCCGCCAAUCAGUACGUGACGAUGGUGCUGCAGGCGAGCAUACAGCUGACAGACACGUUUGUGAUGGACGCUAAGUUCAGCUGCACUGUCUUCCGCUCUGCCACAGACCGCGGCUUUGACCUCAUCUCACCCUCCGUCAACACCAUGGUAACGAAAAUCGUCAACACCAACAAUGUGCUAGUGAUUGGGGUAAAUUUCAAGAUGCCCGUUUCGACUGUCAGGCAGUUGGACUGUAACUACAUUGAGACGCGCUAUCGUGACUACAUCGGCAAAUACGCUUGCCCUGCUGUGUGGCUGUACCGAGUAUGGGGUGUACAAGUGGUGCAGGGCAACGUGUAUGGGCGAGUUGAGGUGGCGAGAGCAAAUCGCUCGCGGAUCGACUCGAUGAACGUGCUCGUGAAGGCAACGAAUCAGCCCGGAGCCAUUGUGGUGAUGCUGUCAGGGGACGGACCCAACCUCAUCCGCAGUGAGGUGGUUAUUUCUAACAACAACAUCCGGACAGAGGGCACCAUGGGCCAGGGCGCCACUGUUGGCAUAAUGCUGUUCAGGGGAGCAGUGGGCGUGAAUAUCAUUGGCAACCGCCUAUCACACUUCACCCUCAACAGUAUCCAGCUGGGGUGGGGGCAGAGCAACGUGGGAGACGCCAUGCUCACCCUCAUUGCUCAGAACGACUUCGUUCACGGCUUCGGGCAGCUCGGGGACAGUGCGGGUAUUUACUUCAACACGCACUGGGUAAACCCCGGAAAUGUCCUCCGGUGCAACUACGUGCGGGGCGGCGGGCACUGCUUGUACUUCGACUGGGUGUCGUCGGGAGUGAUUGUGGAUGGGCUCGUGUGCGAUCAGACAGCCGAUGGACUGAAGCUCAACACUGGGAAGAAUAACGAAAUUCGUGGAAUGGUGGUUAUAGACAGCAAGCAGCCUUUAGCGGGGUACAUCUCGUGCCAGAACUACGGAGUGAACAACUGCAACAAGCCCAACGGGAUCAGGUGGAACAACGACCUUCUCACCUACUACCAGACGCCAGGGAUCAAGAAGCUCUUCCCCUUCCUCACCAAAUUCUGCAACAAAACCUCCAUCAACGGAAUAUACUGCAAUGAGGGCACUUCAACCACUCCCGGACCUAACAUUACGGGCAGAUGUUCCGGGCUACCCACCGAAAACAUUGCCGAGAUCGUCACAGCAACCACUGAUAAUUCCACCCGCCUUGUUAUCCACCACUCCAACUGCAAUCCCUUCAUGGCCAUGCCAAAACUAAACAAGCUGACCUACCUGCCCGUGAAACUUAGUGCUGCCGGUUUCAGGAGUGUGGAGAACCGAGACUUUGGCCUUCUUGACAGCUCGCAGAUCCGGGCAAAGCUCCCAACUUUUCGAGGCUGCCCGGUGCAGGACAUUGGCCCGAAAAAUGUGCCUUAUACAGAAUACUUCGCCCUUUUCAAUCGUGACGUUCCAUUGAUGGUGCCGAUUGCUGCCCGGCCUGCAUCGGUCGGAAAGAAUGGGAGCGCAUCGAGCAAUGUGGGGUAUGGUGGAGGGAAGGUGUCUGGGAAGGUGACGCUACAGCCGAAUCCGUAUGCUACAACCAAGUGGAGUCCGCAACUAGAGCGAGAGCUGCGGCCUGGAUUCAUGGUGACCAUGCGGGAGUGGAUGAGGUUCAAUGCACGGCACCCCGGUCGCCAGCCACCCCCCCUGCAGAAGGCAUGA